UCCGUCAUUGUUAGCACGAAAAGGCCAAUUUGAGCUUCAUCAUCUAUUCUGAUAUUCAUGACGCUUGAUUCAACUUUGGAUCCGAUCACCUACCAGAGUUUCCUGCAGAAUCCAACAGAUAUCUGGCUGCCACCGACAGCCAAAUCUAAUGACAUUUGAAAAGAUCUUACUAGAUUUAUGUGUUUUCCAUGUCCCCGUCGAAUAUAAAAAUAGCUGGCUUUGUUUCCGACUUCUCGGAGGGCACAGGAGAAACCAAACUAGCAUGAUCGGUGGUUCUUUUAUUUUAAUCGAAGAAAAUGUUUUUCUUUUCUUUAUUCAGACGAUCUUUUUUUUUCCCCGGCAGAUUUUUUUUUUCUCCUGUAAAGUUGCAUUAAAGAGGACUGGAUUUGCCAACUGCAGAAAUCUCGAUUCAGAGCGUUCAAAUUUUUGAGAUUAUAUAUAGACAAGUAGACGGCCUGCAAACGCGUCUCCACUCGGAAACUCAACAACUCUUGCUUCCAGAGAAUCCACCAUGAGCAGCAGUAUUAAGCCGCAUGUCCUUGUGAUCCCCUUUCCAUUACAAGGUCAUAUCAUGCCCUUAAUGGAGCUCUCCCAUCGCCUGGCCGGCCGGGACUUCCCAGUUACCUUCGUCAACACCGAGCACAUUCACGAGCGACUGAUGGCGGCAGCACGCCAUCGAAAGCCCUCUUCCGACGAUUUCGCCGGAAAAGUGAAGAUGGUUGCCGUUCCUGAUGGAUGGCCUAGUGGGGAUGACCGGACCAAGUUCGGCACGUUCUGCCAUGUUAUGUUGAAGGAGAUGCCGGGGCACCUGGAGAACCUGAUUCUCGACAUCAACCGCAGAGACGACCGGAAGAUCACUUGCGUGAUCGCAGAUGCGCAUAUGCCGUGGGCGCUCGAGGUAGCCGAGAAGCUAAGCAUUAGGAGGGUGGCCUUCUGGCCGGCAUCUGCUGCUACCUUCUCAGUCAUGGCCAGUAUUCCCCGGCUUUUGGAAGAACGAGUCAUAGAUUCGAACGGAUUUCUGAUAGACAAGAGGCAUGUACAUUUAUCAGACACAAUGCCAGCCAUUGACCCUGCUUUAUUUGGCUGGCUUAAUAUCGGAAAGGAAGAUGAGAAGGAGAUGUUUCAGUAUCUUCUAAUAUGCCUUCAAUCAGUUCAGGACGAUCUUAUCUUAUGCAAUUCCUUUCCUGAGAUCGAAUUCCCGGCUAUCAACCUCAUGAAAAAUCUCAUGCCAAUUGGGCCUCUGCUAUCACACAACAACAUGCAGUUUCCCAUGCUGUGGACAGAAGAUUCAAGCUGUCUUGGUUGGCUUGACCGGCAACCAGCUCGCUCAGUCAUAUAUGUUUCAUUUGGUAGCAUCACCUUACUGAACCAGCACCAACUUCAUGAGCUCGCUCAUGGACUCGAGCUCACCGGCAGGCCAUUCCUCUGGGUCUCUAGGCCCGACCUCAUGGAUGGAUCGCCCGCGAUCUACCCAGAUGGGUUCGCCGGAAUUGUAGCCGCCGGUCACGGCUGCAUGGUUGAGUGGGCUCCCCAGAAGGAAGUGUUGUCUCAUCCUUCCAUUGCUUGCUUCUUAACUCACUGCGGGUGGAACUCAACCAUGGAAGGCCUGUAUAAUGGCCUUCCCUUCCUAUGUUGGUCAUACUUUGCUGACCAACACUUAAAUGAGUACUUCAUAGUUGAAGUGUGGAAGGUGGGACUGAGGGUGUCAAAGGACAAGGAUGGAAUCGUUAGGAAAGAAGAAAUCAAGGACAAGCUUGAGAAGCUGCUGCAUGAUGAAAGAAUAAGGAUGAGGGCGAUGGAGCUGAAGGACAUGGCAAGGAAGAAUGAGAUGGAUGGUGGUGAUUCCUCAAAGAACUUUACUACUUUUGCUGAUCUCAUCAGCUAAAAAAGAACUAUUUUGUAUGGUUUUUUUUUUUUUUGGUUAACAAUAUUCCGCACUUUUCGACAAUGAAUUUUACAUCCCGUGUGGGGUGGAGGCAGGUGAGGGCCAUGUGUGGGCAACCUUAAAACUUCUUAUUUCUAUAUUAAUAUUUGUGACUUGUUUUUCUCAUUUA